AUGAUCAUCCGUUAUACGCAUGUUGUAUCUCUCCAUGCCGGUCUUCAAUCCACUCUUUCAAAACUUAGACAAGAGUUUUGGAUUUUGAGAGCAAGAAGUCUAGUAAAGUCGGUUAUUUAUAAAUGUGUUCCGUGUACAAGAGAAAAGGCUCAAGUAGCUAGUCAGCUGAUGGGCCAGCUACCUACAAGUCGUGUUUCGGCGCCCUCUCGAGCGUUUCUACAUAGCGGUGUCGACUACGCCGGACCAGUCUUCACACGUGCUUCAGCCGGCCGAGGAAUUACCUCGCGAAAGGCCUACAUAGCACUUUUUAUUUGUUUAGCCACACGCGCUAUUCAUCUCGAACUGGUUAGUGAUUACUCGACUGCUGCCUUUCUUAACGCUUUUCAAAGAUUUUGUGCGCGACGUGGAUUACCAGAGGUCAUGUACUCGGACAAUGGCACUACGUUCGCAGGAGCAGACAAGGAGUUGUCGCAAGCGUAUCGAGACGCUCAAAGCGAUGUUAACUUUCUCAACUUCAUCGUGUCAGAUAACAUCACAUGGAGUUUUAUCCCUCCCCAUGCUCCACACUUCGGUGGAUUGUGGGAGGCAGGGGUCAAAAGCGUUAAAUACCACCUUCGUAGGAUAUUAGGAAAUCACACCCUCACUUUCGAGGAACUUACUACCGUGCUUUGUAAAGUUGAAGCAUGCUUAAAUUCAAGGCCCCUGUGCCCAUUGACUGAUUCGAUUGACGAUUUUGAAGUGCUCACUCCGGGUCACUUUUUGAUUGGAUCGGCAAUCACAAUCAAUCCAGAACCUUCUGUUCUGCAAAUCAAUGAAAACAGACUGUCACGGUGGCAGUUGUUGCGACAGAUCACGGAGCGUUUUUGGAAGCAUUGGCACGCCGACUAUAUUAACACGCUUCAACAGCGAACUAAGUGGCGAAAGGCAAAGUCACUUAUCCAUAUCGGUUCCAUGGUUCUGAUUCAAAAUCCUCUUCUUCCUCCUUGCAAAUGGGAACUCGGACGCGUAAUCCACUGUCAACCAGGCUCUGACGGAUUAAUUCGAGUAGUUUCCGUCAAAACAGCGAACUCGGAAUAUAAGCGUCCCAUAACUAAGUUAUGUGUGCUUCCAAUCGACGUUGAUUCUGACGAUUCCAUCGAGGAUCAACCUCGAGUGUCAAGCAAUUAG